AUGAUUACAAAAGGCAGUAAGGUUACAGGAGCGCUGAUUCGCGGCAUCCUGCCGGAAAAAGAGCGCGAUGUGUCGCAGGUCCUCGAUCAUAUUGUCGAAGGCAAUCCGGAUGCGCUGAAGGAGGGGGACUUCGGAAUUAUUCUUGGCGACACGGCUGGCGCGUAUACUCGGCGUUGGCCUCGGGGGCAAGACAUGCACGAAUACGACAGCGGUAUCGCGCUGAUCCACAUGGGCGACGCAGCACGACUGCUGGGGCUGAAGGAUCAGGUUGAGCAGCAUGACCAGCAACUGCAUGUGGUGUUGGCCGGAAUGCAGCGAUUCCGCAUAGAUUCCUGGAUAAAAGCGUACACCACGGCAAUCGUCAAUAUCAUCAGGGAACUGUUACCGCUGAAUCCGAUGUAUGGUGAGGAACUCAAAAACUUCCUUAACUAUUUUAGUCGGCGAAUCCUGCGCGACUUCGCCGAUUUUGGCGCCAGUCUGACGACCUCGAGGCGCAGACGAAUUACAGGGAUUCUAGAAACAACGGAUCUGUUGCAAAGAAUGGAAAAAACGUUGGUUCUGUUGCAAAAAGAGGUCGAAAUAGCCCGGGCCCAGACUGAUAUCCGGGAGCAUGUUGAAACCGAAGUUACGCAACAUCAGCGUGAGGCGUUCUUGCGUGAGCAGCUGAAGUUUAUCCAGCAGGAGCUGGGUAUUUCAAAGGAUGAUCGUACCAGCGAAAUUGAGACCUACGAAGAGCGACUGGAAAGCUGCAAUGUGCCCGAGCAGGCACGCAAGCGAAUUGAUGAAGAACUCGACAAAAUGUCUGUUCUCGAACGCGGAUCACCCGAGUAUACGGUAACGCGCAAUUAUCUGGACUGGUUAACAACCGUACCCUGGGGGCAAGGAGAGUAGGACUCUCUUGUUUUGAAGAAAGCAGAGAAUAUUCUGCACCGCGAUCACGAAGGUCUGCAGGAGGUUAAGGAUCGUAUCCUUGAAUUUAUCGGCGUCGGAAAAAUGCGUGGUGAUAUUGCUGGUUCAAUCAUAUUGCUUGUCGGACCUCCGGGGGUCGGCAAGACAUCGCUUGGGCGUUCCGUUGCCAGCGCGUUAAAUCGCAAGUUCUAUCUACGUUUUUUCGCUGGGCGGAAUGCAGACGAAUCGGAGGAUAAAGGCAACCGACGAACCUAUAUCGGCGCGAUGCCUGGAAAAUUUAUCCAGGCACUGCGUGAGACAGAGACUGCCAACCCAGUGAUUAUGCUUGACGAAAUUGACAAGAUUGGCUCUUCUUUCCGUGGUGAUCCCGCGUCUGCACUUCUUGAGGUGCUGGACCCGGAGCAAAACAAGGACUUCCUCGACCACUAUCUGGAUGUCCGUGUUGAUCUUUCUAAAGUGCUAUUUAUUUGUACAGCAAACCAGCUGGACACCAUACCCGGACCGUUGCUUGAACGCAUGGAAACGAUGCGCCUAUCCGGUUAUUUGGCGGAAGAAAAGGUCGCGAUUGCGCGCAAGACAUUUGUUGCCAAAACAGCUGAAACGCGCGCCGGUUUGAAAGUGCGUGGCCAGCUGCGAAUUGAUACUGCUGCAAUCAGAAAGAUUGUUGAUCAAUAUGCCCGGGAAGCGGUUGUGCGCCGACUGGAAAAGUUGCUCGGCACUAUCGCUCGUAAGGCGGUGAUGAAACUACUUCGCAGUCGCAACAAAUCGUUAGUGCAUGUAAAAACCGGGGAUGUUGAGGCAUUUCUAGGUAAGCCUGUUUUCGAGAUGCCGAAGAGAAUAUCCGGUGUUGGUGUGGUAACCGGACUUGCGUGGACGUCCAUGGGCGGUGCUACGCUUGAUAUUGAAGCAACCAAAACCCACAACUUCAAUCGUGGUUUCAAGCUCACCGGACAAUUGGGUAAUGUCAUGAAAGAGUCCGCAGAGAUCGCCUAUAGCUAUGUGGUCGGCAAUGCCGAAGUAUUGAAACUGGAUCCGGAGUACUUCAAGGAGGCCAUGAUCCAUCUGCACGUGCCGGCCGGCGCAACCCCGAAAGAGGUCCCAGUGGCCGGUGUCACGAUGACAACCGCGCUGAUUUCGCUCGCCAGCGGAAAAAAGAUUAAGUCGUCAUUUGCUAUGACAGGAGAACUGUCUUUAACCGGUCAGGUGUUGCUUGGGGGUGUCAAGGAAAAGGUCAUCGCUGCCAAACGUUUGAAAAUCCGCAACCUGGUGCUGCCAAAAGCGAAUAAGGGCGACUUCGACGAACUGCCUGAGUACAUUCGAAAAGGGACUGAAAGUGUCAUUUGCCGGCACCUACACGGACGUACUGAAAAAGGUGUUUUAGGCUUUCCCCGCACGAAAGGCGAUAUUUCGAUUGAAAUUGUCCCGAGGCUUCCACAGAGGUUUUCGGAUCAAGUCACGAUGGUGGUAUUCGCGGGGUGA